UCUGCCCUCCGGCGCCAGUGUGGAAACUGCGUGGCUUCGGAGCCUACGGCUGGAGGGGCGGCACGGGGUUGACGUCAUCCCCCGCGGGGCGGAGCGAGGCGGCCGGGCUGGGGCUCCGCGUGUGCGACGCCCGCCUGUUGCUGGCUCUGAGGAAGUCUUUUUCUUGCUACUCACCGCUUUGCUCAGGUCCGCGCACUUUAGUCUCGCGUGGAGAUGGCAGAUGAUCUUGGAGACGAGUGGUGGAAGAAUCAGCAGGCCGGAGCAGCCAGCAGCCCAGGGGCUAUUUCUUCAGGACUUUUCAAAUGCCAAAAUACCAGAGUCAUCAGAUGGUGAAGGAGGAGGAGAAACAAAAACGAUACAUCAGGAGACAGCUGCAGUUCCUGCAUCAUCAAAAAAAACUGAAAAGCCUAAAGAGUGUUUCUUGAUACAACCAAAGGAAAUAAAAGAAGAUAUCACCAAGACCAAGAAGAGGAAAAAGAAGAAAAUUACUGAUGUUCUUGCAAAAUCAGAGCCAAAACCAGGGACACCUGAAGAUCUACAGAAGCUGAUGAAUGACUACUACAGCAGCAAUCGCUCAGUGAUUGAAUUAGAAGAACUGAGUCUACCAGAUUCCUGUUUCCUCAAGGCCAAUGACUUGACUCACAGUUUUUCAUCCUACCUAAAAGAAAUUUGUCCUAAGUGGGUAAAACUUCGGAAAAACCACAGUGAGAAGAAGUCAGUCCUGAUGCUGAUCGUCUGCAGCUCUGCCGUCCGAGCUCUGGAGCUCAUUAGGUCGAUGACAGCAUUCAGAGGCGACAGCAAAGUUAUAAAAUUGUUUGCAAAACAUAUAAAGGUCCAGGAGCAGGUAAAGUUGUUGGAGAAGCGUGUGGUGCAUCUGGGUGUAGGAACUCCAGGAAGAAUUAAAGAACUCAUUAAACAAGGUGGCCUUAACUUGAACCCUUUAAAGUUUCUGGUAUUUGACUGGAACUGGAGAGAUCAGAAGUUGAGGAGAAUGAUGGACAUUCCCGAGAUAAAAAAGGAGGUUUUUGAACUUUUAGAAUUGGGAGUAUUCAACCUAUGUAAGUCAGAAUCCUUGAAGUUGGGCCUUUUCUAAUCCUGGAUCCUAAUGAAGAUUCCAGUUUUCGCAAUAGAAUUUGCAUCUUAUUUAAUAAUGCAGGUGUAUUACAAGCACUCAAUAAAUCAACUAUUAGUUUUUGUUAUGUUAACCACAUCACCACAUGCAUCACUGGGAAUGCUUGUUUGGGAAGUCUCUAAAAUAAAUGAAUCUGUGUUUUUGCCUACUGCCUCAUACAAUAAAGAAUCACCAGCUUGUAUGUGAA